AGGGGCUCUUCACGAAGCUCCCUUGCGAAUCUCUUUCUCUCCCCUAAUCGGCGAAGGGGCCAGAAUCAGAACUCGUAACAUGUGAAGUGCAUUUCGGAUAUUAGCUUCAAAAUCGCUUGGAUUUUAGGCUAAUCUGAUUGAGGGCUUUACCUGUUCAAGACCAAAGAUUAUAGACAAAUGGAUGCGAAUGCUUCUGGUGAGGAGUAUGAAAAUAUUGAUUGGAAUACAGAUGAUGAACUUGAAAUCCAAAACAUCGCCCCUUCAUCUCAUGCAACUUUAACAACUCUCAAUUCACAAACUAUUGUUAGUAAUGGGGAGGCAAGCUCAUCUGCAGGCCCUUCAAACUCCAAUUUGUUUCAACAUUUUCUAGGGAUGGGGUUUUCUGAACAGUCGAUUGCAAAAGCAAUUAAAGAAAAUGGGGAAGCCAAUACAGAAUCAAUACUUGAAUCUCUGCUUACAUACUCAGUUCUUGAAGUUGAAGACUCUCCUGAUGAAUUAAACUCAUAUUAUGAUGAGAGCGUAUGUGAUGAUCUCUCUGAGUCUGAUGACAGUAGUUGGUCUGGUGGUAGUGAAGUAGCUAAUAAUACCAGUUCUUUACCUAAACAUGAGAAAUCAUUAUUAUCCUUAGCAAAUAUGGGGUAUAGCGUAGAAGAGGCUUCAGCAGCCAUGGAGAGAUGUGGUCCAGAAGCUUCUAUUGUAGAACUAACUGAUUUUAUCUGUGCUGCUCAAAUGGCAAAAACAGAAGCCGUAUUUUUUGAGGAUGAGAAACCGAAGCUCCCACUUCGCGUCAAUGGCGAUUUCAAGAAGCGAAAAUUAUACGACCUCGAGAUAUGGAAAACAAAGAAGCGAAAGGGGAUUCUUUCCGAAGAAGACGAAGGUCUCCGUCUUCCAAAUCCGAUGAUCGGAUUCGGAGUCCCAACAGACACACACGUCAUCACUCACAGAGUCCUCCCCGACGCUGCCAUCGGACCUCCAUUCUUCUACUACGAAAACGUAGCCCUAGCUCCAAAAGGCGUCUGGGACACCAUCUCUCGCUUCCUAUACGACGUCGAACCGGAAUUCGUCGAUUCAAAGUACUUCUGCGCCGCCGCUAGAAAACGCGGGUACGUUCACAACCUUCCGAUCAAAAACCGAUUCCCGCUUCUUCCUCUUCCUCCUCGCACUGUAAACGACGCGCUGCCAUUGACGAAGAGGUGGUGGCCGGAGUGGGAUAAGCGAACGAAGCUGAACUGUUUGCAAACGGUGAUCGGAAGUGCGAGAUUGACUGAUAGAAUAAGGAAAGCUCUUGAAAAAUGGGGGGAUAAUCCGCCUGUGCAUGUUCAGAAGUUUGUUCUUGAGCAAUGUCGGAAGUGGAACUUGGUUUGGGUUGGGAAGAACAAGGUUGCGCCAUUAGAGCCUGAUGAGGUUGAAAUGUUGUUAGGGUUUCCGAGGAAUCAUACCAGAGGAGGAGGGAUUAGUAGGACAGAUAGAUACAAAUCACUUGGCAACUCGUUUCAGGUAGACACAGUAGCAUAUCAUCUGUCAGUACUAAAAGACAUAUUCCCAAACGGAAUCAACAUGCUAUCGCUCUUCUCCGGAAUCGGUGGUGCCGAAGUUGCACUCCACAGGCUCGGAAUCAAGCUAAAAAACGUGGUGUCGGUUGAAAUCUCGGAAGCAAACCGUGACAUUGUGAGAAGCUGGUGGGAACAAACGAACCAAAAAGGGAAUCUGAUUCACUUAGCCGAUGUGCAACAACUAAACGGAGACCGGCUCGAGCAGUUCAUGGGCUCGUUCGGUGGGUUCGACCUCAUUGUGGGUGGCAGUCCGUGUAAUAAUCUAGCCGGGAGUAAUCGGGUUAGCCGGGAUGGGCUUGAAGGGGAACACUCGUCCUUGUUUUAUGAUUAUUUUAGGAUCUUGGAUAUAGUUAAGUGUAUUAUGAAUAAUAAAUAGGGAAAAUAAAUCAUCGAAUGAUGUGUUGUUGUGGUAGGGUUUAUUGACUGUUUCGAAUGAAUAAUUUGUGAUUUGUAUUAGAGAUG